AUGGCGGCGCCGUCGUCUCCGGAUCCGGCAGCUCUGAUGGACGAGCUCGUCGAAGAGUGCCUCGUCCGCCUCCCACCGGAGGACCGCGCCGCCCUCGUCAGCAGGCAAUGGCACCGCGUCGUCACCGGCGCCAUCUUCCGCCGUAGGUACAUCGAGUUCCCCCGCUCGGCACCGCUGCUGGGCUACAUGCUCAACCAAGACAACAAUUCCAUCCGCUUCGUCCCUACGUCGUCGUUUCUGCCGCCCCAGGUUGACCGCCGCGAUGUGCGAGCCAUCCACUCAAGGCAUGGCCGCGUCCUCCUGAUUUCUGUCCGGGAGCGGGAGGGUGACGGUCUCGGCCUCUUCGUGUGGGAUCCCAGAAAGGACAAGCAGUGGGAACUGCCCGUCCUGCAGCCAGGCGCGCGGAUAGCUAACUGGGACGCCGCCUUGGCCUGCGCCGUGGGCGACGGCUGCAGCCAUCUGGACGGCCACUUCAAGGUCGUCUUUGUGGGAAGAUCUGGAGGGCGGAGGAGCAAGAAGGUAGGGAAUGUCUUAGGCUCGGGUCGCAUUGUUCCCUAUGUGAGCUUCUGCACCCCAGCACCGGGAACAGUCUCCACAGAUGAGGGACCAGCAGCUAGUGUUGUUGUCUCUACAGAUGAUGAACCAGGAGCUGGUGUUGUGGUCUCUAGAGAUGAGGGGCUAGGAGAUGUUGCUGUCUCUACAGAUGAGGGGCCAGGAGAUGUUGUGGUCUCUAAAGAUGAGGGGCCAGGGUCUAGCAUGUCAAGUGCAUAA